AUGGUUGAGGUUACGCAGGACGCACCGCGCAUGGAUAUCACCACAUUUGCCGUAAAUUUGCCACCAGCAAUCGUACAAGGGUUCGACGAGCCCAUUGUCGAUGACAGUGUUGGCAUCAGUCUGGGAGAUCAGGGCAUUGUGGGGACAAUCACGUUUUCCAAGAAGGCCGCCACAAUUUGGUUUGGCUGGGGAUCGUUACAAUCCUCCAAAACAUCAGGCCCUGGCGGCAAUGCGGGCUACGGGGCCACGCCAGUCGGGGCAAAAUCCCUAUGCGUCGGUACUGCACCCAAUCUUUCUAUGGGGCCGCUGGUUGUGGCGAUGCCUCGUCCACGGUACAAAGGAUCCCUUUCUAUAUCGGCUGAACCUUCUACAUCCAAACUGAUUGGAUAUGAUGAUGAGGGCGACGAAAUGGUGGCUCGACAAAUGAGUUCGCGUCUAAGUCAACGUCUCGGCAUUGCCAUCUUUGUGUCCUGCAGCUUUACUGGCGCUCCUGCUAUGGCAACAGAUGGCGUUGACCAGAGCAUAGUGCAACAUCGAGCAGCGGCCUUUGCGGAAAGAGAGGUAUAUCGGAUCCUUAACAAAAAACUAAAUUCUGUGUAA